AUCAAACUUUCCGUUAUUGUGAAGUACACUAACCUAGUUCUUUUAUUUCCCUCCCUUUUUACUUCCCUAACCACGAUUCUUCAUUUCAUCUCAUACCCUUUUCUCUACGGAGUAUUCAAUUUUUUGAUUCUAAAUUCUUCAAAGCUAAUCAAAAUUGAUUUAGGGUUUUUAUCUAAGUGGUAUGUCCGUGCCGAUUGGCGUUGAUAUGAGCAUAAAAUACUCAGUAAUCAGGUUGAUCACCAUUUGAGUAGCAUGACAAACCACAGAUAAUUUGGAGUUUAUAAGAAGUGGGUUUUCAAGAAUGGUGACGACUAUCCCACAUUGUAAUGUAUUCACUCCUCAAUUUCACCAUUACAGCUUUAAUCGGCAUCAGUUUUUACUUGAGCAGUGUAGGUUUUUCUCUUACCACAACACUAGUCCUACUUAUAUCUCUUGCACUUCUAAGUGCAACCAUACUACUACUACAAUCACACAGAAAAAUCAGUAUAGCUCUUCUGACAAUUCCGUUUUUAAACGCGAUUUUACUCACACGAGCUUGGUUACUGAACCGUCUGUUGAUGAGCUAAUUAAAGAGCUUACUAAAGAUGGAUUUUAUGGUGAUGCUGUUAGACUUUAUAUAGGCAUGUUGGAUGAUGGUUUCAUCCCAAAUGUGUUUCAUUCUUUUCCUAUUCUGAUUAAGGCUAUUGGUGGUCUUUCUGAUAUAAGCUUGACUAGACAAGUUCAUGGCCAUGUGCUGAAGUUAGGUGUGAUGAAGUAUAUAUCUGUUGCAAAUUCUCUUUUAAGCACUUUUUGGAAAAGUGGUGCAAGUGAUGAUGCAAUAAGGUUGUUUAAGACAAUGCAAGAGAAGGAUUCAGUUUCACAUAGCACUAUGAUAUCUGGAUUUUAUCAAUCCAGGCUGUAUAUGAGGUCACUGGAAUGGUUUACACGCAUGGUUUGUGAAUUCGGUACACAUCCCAAUAGGGUAGCUUGCAUUUCAGCUCUUUCUUCAUGUGCUUCAGUUAAGUCUUUGAUACAUGGGAAAGAAAUACAUGCUUUUGUGAUAAAAAGUGGGUUGGAUAUUGAUGAGUUUGUGCUAAAUGGGUUGCUUGAGUUUUAUAUGAAAUGUUGUUUUGUAGGGUAUGCAGAACAGCUUUUUAGGAGCUUUGUUGGGAGUGCAAGAGAAAAUACCGUGUUAUGGAACGUUAUGAUUUUGGGGUAUGUCGAGAAUAGCUAUUACUCACAGGCACUAUUUUCUUUCAUUGAAAUGAUGGUUUUAGGUGUUAAGCCUGAUUCUUCUACCAUGGUUGCUGUUCUUGUCUUGUGCGUAGAGUCCUUAAAUUUAGCUGUUGGAAAGCAAAUUCACGCCCUAAUAAUCAAAUUUGGUUUGGACCUAGAUGUUAGAGUUGGUACCUCACUAAUAGACAUGUACUUUAACUGUGUUAAUCCCGAUUCUGGUUUACAAUUAUUUGACAGUUUCCAUACUCAUAAUUUAGUAAUGUGGGGAACGGUAAUCACAAACUGUGCUCGAUCUGGAUAUUCUAGGAAAGCAUUAGAUCGGUUUGCUGCUGGAUUGGAGCAUGGUUAUCGGGAUUCCGUUAUAUUAUUAGCUGCAUUACGAGCAUGUUCAUCUCUAACAGUCAAGCUUAUAGGCAUGCUGAUUCAUGGGAUGGCAGUUAAAUUAGGGUUGGAAACUGAUACAUAUAUUGGAAGUGCCUUAAUUGAUAUGUACAUGAAAUGCCAAGAUGUACCGUGUGCUCAAAAAGUCUUUUUGAUGUUACCUAUAAAAGAUGAGGUAGUUUGGAGUUGUCUGAUAUCCGGAUAUACUCACAAUGAAUACUUUGAUGAUGCUGUGAGAGCGUUUUACAAGAUGCACGAGCAUCAAAUUCGACCUAAUGCGGUGAUUAUUUCAUGUCUACUAUCAAUUUGUGCACAUUUAUAUUCAAAUUUACAGUGUAAAGAAAUUCAUGGUUAUAUGACACGAAAAGGAUUAUUACAUACCAAUAUUCUUGUGAACAAUUCUCUUGUAGUUUCCUAUGCAAGAUGUGGAAACUUGGAAGGCUCAAGGAGAGUUUUUCAGGGGAUGAAGGAAAGAGAUGAAGUUUCAUGGAAUUCAAUGAUGUUAGGGUUAAGCCUACACGGUCAUGUAGAUGAAAUGCUUGUUUUAUUUACCGAGAUGGUAAAAAAUGGGUUGAACCCUGACCAUCAAACAUUUACUGCAAUUCUUUCUGCAUGUAGUUAUACAGGAAGAGUUGCAGAGGGAUUGAAGUUUUUUAAAAGCAUUACAGAAGAACAUAUGCUUGAACCUAAACUCGAGCAGUAUACUUGUUUGGUUGACCUUUUAGGUCGUGCUGGGUAUGUAAACCAAGCAUAUGAGUUAAUUACAACUAUGCCACUCACCCCGGAUGAUCGGAUUUGGGGUUCGUUGCUUGGAUCUUGUAAAAUCCACGGUGAUGAGAGGUUAGCGGAGAUAGUAGCUAAUCACAUAUUCGAGUUGAACCCUGAUAGUAUUGGGUACCGUGUAUUGCUCGCGAAUUUGUAUGAAGAUUCAAAUAAAUGGAAUGAAGUUACGGAACAGAGAUCGAAGAUUAAAGAUAUGGGACUGAAGAAAAGUCCUGGUUGUAGCUGGAUUGAUGUUAAUAAUCAGAUUCAUGUAUUUACUGCAAAUGAUCAAAGACAUGAUCAAGUUCAAGAUGUUUAUGCUAUGCUUAAAAGAUUGACUAUGGAGAUUGUAAGGGAUGGAUAUAUCCCUCAAUUGUAAUUUCAUGUAAAUGUUUUUGGUGUUUUGUCCAUUUCCAAAAUGGUGGGAUAAAGUAUCAAUUUUUGGGUGUAAAGUAAAUAAACUUGUUUUGUAGAUCAUCAUCCAUGAUAGUGAAAAUUGCAACAAUAUAGUUCAUACGUUAUUUGUGUUAAAA